AUGCUAGAUGAAGUUCUAAAUUACCUUCAACCUGGUAAUAAUGAAAUUUUUAUUGACAUGACAUUUGGGGCUGGUGGGCAUUCAAAAAAAAUUCUGAAAUCAUCUAAUUGUAAAUUAAUAACAUUAGACAGAGAUCCUAAUGCUUAUGAAAAGGCUGUUAAAUUAGCUGAAAAGUUCCCAAAUAGAGUGACACCCCUUUUAGGGAGAUUCAGUGAAUUACCAAGUUUGUUAGAAAAAAAAGGAAUUAAACAGUCAACAGUAGAUGGAAUACUAUUUGAUUUUGGUUGUUCAUCUAUGCAAUUAGAUAAUGGAGAAAGAGGAUUUUCCAUAAGUAAAAAUGGCCUUUUAGAUAUGAGAAUGGAUGCUGGUAGAGAUCCUAAUCAAAUCACAGCACGAGAAGUGUUAGCCACGGCCAAUGAAAAUGAACUAUACAAAAUUUUUAAGGUUUAUGGUGAAGAAAAAAACGCAGCCAAAAUUGCACAAACAAUUAUUCAAGCAAGAUAUAUGAUAAAAAACAUUGAUACCACUCAAGAGUUAGUAGAUGUAGUUGAUUCUUGUUGCCCUAACGAAUAUCGUUUAGAUAAGCUUCAGCGGCCACAAUCAAAUGCCACAAAAGUUUUUCAAGCUCUUCGAAUAUUUGUAAACAAUGAACUUAAUGAAUUGAAUUAUGGCAUGGUCUUAGCUAAAUACUAUUUAAAACUCAAUGGUAGAUUAAUUACAAUAUGUUUUCAUUCUCUUGAAGAUACUAUUGUCAAACGUCAUAUAGCAGGCAAUAUUGUAAAUGAAACAGCCAACCCUAUUCCUUUAAGAUACCUAAACCCUUUGUUAGUACAAGAUCAAGAUACAAUUAAUCAUUUUUUGGAUACCCCUUGGAAACAAUUGAAUAAGCAUGUUGAUAUCCCAACUGAACAAGAAGUCUUACGAAAUCCUAGAAGUAGAAGUGCUAGGUUGCGAGCUGCAAUAAAAAUCAAGUAA